CGGAGGAGAAAUUUGCAUAUUUUUCAGCCGACUAUGGCGGCCUCAGUCGAUAAUAGCCAGUUCAGACGAUUAGAGCCGGCCUUAAACGGCAUCAUUAGGCCCUUGAAGCCAGGCCCAACUCUCAACCACCGCCAGGAGUCACCAGGCAGAUCCCGCACCAACACCAGGUCCGUCUACGUCGAUCGCGACGAUGACUGCUCUUCCAGUGAGGACGAAGAAAAUGAGAAUCAUUACGAGGAGCUGGUCGCCAAAUCCAAGUACGAUCUGGAGCCGUCGAUUUUGGACCCCAGAGACGAAGGCACUUCCGAUAACUGGAUCAAGCGCAACUCCACCAUGGUCCGUCUCACAGGGAAGCACCCCUUCAACUCUGAACCUCCGCUUAACCGCCUCAUGCACCAUGGCUUCAUCACCCCGGUACCGCUUCACUACGUGCGCAACCACGGCACAGUCCCUAAAGGCUCGUGGGACGAGUGGACCGUAGAGGUAACGGGUUUGGUAAAGCGGCCCACAGUUUUCACCAUGGACCAGCUGGUGAGUGAGUUCCCGAGUCGUGAGCUCCCCGUGACAUUGGUUUGCGCCGGAAACAGGCGAAAGGAGCAAAACAUGGUGAAACAGACAAUAGGAUUCAACUGGGGCGCCGCCGGUAUAUCCACAACCGUAUGGAGGGGCAUAAUGUUGCGUGAUGUGCUCAAGAGAUGCGGAAUCUUUAACAGCAAAAAAGGGGCCCUGAAUGUAUGUUUUGAAGGGGCAGAGGAUCUGCCUGGUGGUGGUGGGUCAAAGUACGGAACCAGCAUCAAGAAGGAGUUUGCAAUGGAUCCUUCUCGGGAUAUAAUUCUGGCGUACAUGCAAAACGGUGAGCUUUUAACGCCUGAUCACGGCUUCCCCGUAAGGAUGAUUAUUCCAGGAUUCAUAGGAGGGCGUAUGGUGAAAUGGCUAAAGAGGAUUAUAGUUACCACUCAAGAAUCUGAUAAUUACUACCAUUACAAGGACAACAGAGUCCUCCCUUCUCAUGUUGAUGCAGAGUUGGCGAAUGCAGAAGCCUGGUGGUAUAAGCCCGAGUACAUCAUCAAUGAGCUGAAUAUCAACUCGGUGAUAACGACGCCAUGCCACGAAGAGAUCUUGCCAAUUAACUCCUGGACUACCCAGAGGCCAUAUACAUUGAGGGGCUACGCAUACUCCGGAGGGGGCAAGAAAGUGACUCGUGUGGAGGUGACGAUGGAUGGAGGAGAAACGUGGCGGGUGUGCACGCUGGACCACUCGGAGAAGCCCAAUAAGUACGGUAAAUAUUGGUGCUGGUGCUUCUGGUCUCUUGAGGUGGAGGUGCUGGACUUGCUAGGAGCCAAGGAGAUCGCCGUUCGUGCCUGGGACCAGACCCACAACACCCAGCCGGAGAAGCUCAUUUGGAAUGUCAUGGGAAUGAUGAACAACUGCUGGUUCCGGGUAAAAACAAACAUGUGCCGGCCACACAAAGGGGAAAUCGGACUAGUGUUUGAGCACCCCACCGUGCCCGGUAACCAAUCAGGUGGAUGGAUGGCUAGGGAGAAGCAUCAGGAGAAAUCAACGGAGGCCAACCAGGCCUUGAAAAAGAGCGUUUCUUCUCCGUUCAUGAAUACUUCCUCCAAAACAUUCUCCAUGUCCGAAGUCAAGAAACACAACUCUGUCGACUCUGCUUGGAUUAUAGUUCACGAUCACAUCUAUGAUUGCACCCGAUUCCUCAAGGAUCAUCCUGGCGGUACUGACAGCAUCUUGAUCAAUGCCGGUGCUGACUGCACUGAAGAAUUCGAUGCCAUUCACUCUGAUAAAGCCAAGAAAAUGCUGGAGGAUUAUCGAAUUGGAGAAUUAAUCGCGACGGGUUCAGGAUAUUCUUCCGACUCGUCCUCCCCAAACCACUCCGUCCAUGGUGCGUCCAAUAACGCACAUUUAGCUCCAAUCAAAGAAGUAAUUGCACCCACAAGGCCGGUAGCACUUGUUCCACGCGAGAAAAUCCCUUGCAAACUAAUUGCCAAAAGAUCGUUAUCCCACGACUCGAGAUUGUUCAGAUUUGCAUUGCCAUCGGAGGAUCAGGUACUGGGGCUACCAGUGGGUAAGCACAUAUUUCUUUGCGCGACCAUUGAUGAGAAGUUGUGCAUGCGAGCGUACACGCCCAGCAGCAGUAUUGAUGAAGUGGGACACUUUGAUCUGGUCGUGAAGAUUUAUUUCAAGGGAGUGCACCCCAAUUUCCCUAAUGGAGGGCUCAUGUCACAAUAUCUCGAAUCCCUGCCGCUGGGAUUCGUUAUUGACGUCAAGGGUCCGCUGGGUCACAUCGAAUACACUGGUCGUGGCAACUUUCUGGUCCAUGGCAAACCCAAGUUUGCUAAAAAGCUGGCAAUGCUGGCCGGUGGAACAGGGAUCACGCCCAUUUUUCAAGUGGUUCAAGCUAUUUUAAAGGAUCCUGAGGACAAAACAGAGAUGCAUGUGGUGUAUGCGAAUCGAACGGAGGAUGAUAUUUUACUGAGGGAAGAGUUGGAUGGGUGGGCUAAGAAGCAUGAUCAGAGGUUGAAGGUAUGGUAUGUGAUUAGUGAGUCCAUUAGGGAAGGUUGGCAGUAUAGUGUGGGGCGAAUCAAUGAAGAUGUUAUGAGGGAGCACCUUCCCCCAGGGUCAGACGAUACUCUUGCUUUGACUUGUGGACCGCCCCCCAUGAUACAGUUUGCAGUGCAGCCGAAUUUGGAGAAGUUGAACUAUGAUGUCAAUAAUAACCUGUUGAUCUUCUAAAGGAGCAAAGUUCUGAUUAUAUUAGAUGUACGAAUUUAAUAUUUAGUAUAUCUAGGUAUUCUUUUUUCUGAUUUAUUUAUAAUAAUAUUUUCAAUAGAUGACUUAAUUGAUU